AUGGGCACUAUUUUUUGUGUUACUAUAAACCUCAUUUCUCUCCUCUCCAUCACCGUCUUCUCUCCUCCCCACCACCGUCUUCUCUUCUCUCCACCACCAUCGAUUCUUACACUCCUCUCCACCACCGACGAUUCUUACACUCCUCUCCACCACCGUCGAUUCUUAAGCCCUUCUCUCUUCUCGGUGAAGCUCGGAAAUCAACUGAGGGAGAAAUCAAAAGCGGAUCUAUCUCCAGCAGCCUUGGCCCUUGCGACUCUGAUCUCCAGCCAUUUCCUUUUCCCCAAGCAAUCUUUCGAUUGCUCCUUGCAUGCGAAAUCAGAGAACUCAUACCCUGUUUAUGUUUCUUCUACGCUUCCGGCGAGGCUCGAAAUGGGACUCCACUGGUUUUGGGAAAGAAUUGCAGGUUCUGGUUUGAGCAACAGGCGGCUCUCAGUUUCUUCUCCGUCGGAGGUACCUUAUGUUGCCAAGGACCUCGGCAAUAGAGUCAUGAUUCGUCUGGGUUUCGCACCAUGUAGCGCAACCUCUAAUUUUUCUCAUGGAGCGAAAGAUUCUUGUUAUCGAAGAGUGGAUCUAUUGUUGGAUGUUAAGACUCUUGGUGACAGAAAACUGUGA